UGAAAGCUUUUUGACAGGGGGGGAAUUUCAAAAAUAGAGACAGGGCGCUUUGUUACGCGAAGCUUUUCACCUGGCGUUAAACAGCACAAACAAUGUAUAGACCGGGGAAAUGCAAGACUCCUCGCAGGCCUGGCAUCAGAAAGGCUUCCCAUACAGAGAAAGAUCCUGUUGGGGUGUACUGUCGUAUACGGCCACUUGGAGCAGACAAUGAGGAAUGUUGCAUUGAAAUGAUCAGCAACUCCACAAUUCAGCUGCAUGCUCCAGAUGGCCUUAAAGCCAACCGCAAUGGAGAAUUCAAAGAGACGCAAUACUCCUUCAAAAAAGUAUUUGGUAUUAAUACCACUCAAAUGGAGCUCUUUGAGGAAGUUGCCAAGCCGCUAGUGGAGGACCUUAUUCAAUGUAAAAAUGGUCUGCUGUUUACAUAUGGUGUCACGGGAAGUGGUAAGACCUUCACUAUGACAGGCUCGCCUGGAGAGGGUGGACUCCUCCCUCGUUCUCUUGACAUGCUGUUCAACAGUAUUGGCCCCUUUCAGGCCAAACGAUUUGUGUUUAAACCAGAUGACAAAAAUGGGAUUGACAUCCAGAAUGACGUUGAUGCUCUCCUUGAGAGACAGAAGCGAGACACUCAACCUUUAGUGCCCAAGACACCUUCCUCUAGGCAGAAGGCGGACCCAGAAUUUGCAGACAUGAUCAGUCCACAAGAGGCAUGUAAAGCUGAGAAUGUGGAUGAAGACUGUUGUUACAGCAUUUUGGUGUCCUACGUUGAGGUCUAUAACAACUACAUCUAUGAUCUUCUCGAGGAUGCCCCUUUUGAUCCCAUCAGACCAAAGUGGCUCGGUAUUGGCACACCUGUCAAGAACACUGACUUUGUAGCUCCUCAAUCCAGGAUUCUACGAGAAGAUCAGAAUCAUAACAUGUAUGUUGCUGGCUGCACUGAAGUUGAGGUCAAAUCGACAGAAGAGGCAUUUGAAGUCUUCUGGAAGGGUCAGAAGAAGAGAAGGAUUGCCAACACGCAACUGAACCGCGAAUCCAGUCGUUCCCACAGUGUCUUCACUUUAAAGCUGGUUCAGGCACCCCUCGAUGCUGAUGGCGACAACGUUCUGCAGGACAAAAACCAGGUGAAUGUCAGCCAGCUGUGUUUGGUUGACCUGGCAGGGAGCGAGCGCACCAGUAGAACGAGAGCAGAGGGAAGCCGUCUGCGUGAAGCAGGUAAUAUAAAUCAGUCUUUGAUGACUCUGCGCACAUGUAUGGAAGUCUUGCGAGAGAACCAGAUGUGUGGAACCAACAAGAUGGUGCCAUACAGGGACUCGAAAGUGACUCACCUUUUUAAGAAUUAUUUUGAUGGAGAAGGCAAGGUUAAGAUGAUUGUUUGUGUCAACCCAAAAGCCGAUGAUUACGAGGAAACAAUGCUCGUAAUGCGGUUUGCAGAGAUGACACAAGAGGUGGAAGUUGCGCGGCCGGUGGACAGGCCGAUCUGCGGGCUCGCGGCUGGACGCAGGCAAAGAAAUCAAGCAUUCAGGGAUGAGCUGUCACAUCGCCUGGAUGAUCUAGGAAGACCCUAUAAUGCUGAUGAUGCCGCUCUGCUCAAUCAACUCAUUGAAAGCUUUCCACCGAUGCCAUCCUGUGAGCUGGUGGACCCCGGAGAUGAUCAGACACUACCACGCCUGAUUGAGGUCCUGGAGAAGAGACAUCACAUCCGUCAGCUGAUGGCAGAGCAGUUCAACAAAGCUGCCAAUAUGCUGAAUUCCAUGCUUCAGCAAUUUGAUGGUCAACUUGGCAAUAAGGAGAACUUAAUCCAAGACCAGCAAAGCAAGCUGAGCGAGAGGGAUAGAGUUAUCAUCAACCAAAAAACAGAACUCGAACGACUCGAAAAAAGGUCUAAGACCCUGGAAUACAAGAUUGAUAUCCUGCAAAAGACAACCGACAUGUAUGAGAGCGACAAACGCUCACUCGAGCAAGAGCUGGAGACUCGUGCGCAAAAGCUCCAGCAGGAACUGUCGGAAAGGAGGCGAAUGGAGCAGCACAUGCAGGGCAUGGUUACCGACGCCAAACUCAAGUGGGAGAAGGAGUGUGAAAGACGGGUGAAUGCCAAGCAGCUGGAGAUGCAGAACAAGUUAUGGGUCAAGGAUGAGAAGCUGAAGCAGCUCAAAGCGAUCGUUUCAGAGAGCAGCCGUGGCAGCAGCAGCAGCAGUAGCACAGAGAGACCAGAGAAACCAGAAAGGCCCUCAAGGGACCGAGAUCGCAAGUAUGGACAGAAGAGGUCGGCCUCUCCAUCACCAGAUCUUCGACAAACACCUUCCCAACAGAGUCAAGCUAAGAUUAGGGCAGUUCAGGACAAUGCCGCCGCCGCCACCGCCUCCUCCACUUCAUCUUAUCCCUCAGUAGCAUCUUCCAUCUCUGAGUGGGAGCAGAGGUGUCCUCUAGACUCAGCAACCUCCCAGUAUAGAGAAGCGGGGACCCCUCAGUGCAGGAGCCGGACUCCCGCCAUGUGCAAUGACGCCACCAGAGCGAAUCGCAGGAGAGGCCAUCGCUUUGCCUCGGAAACAGAUGGCCCUGCAACGCGGCUGGUCCACGGACUAGACCUAGAGGCAGGCAUAAGGCCGCCUCAGCAUAUUAAUCCAGUGCACAGACGCUCACACUCUGCAGGUGGGGAGAAAUGGGUAGACCACAAACCAUCUUCUAAUGUCGACCUAGGCACUGUCAUGCAGCCCGUAAUACCCAAUGCAAUCCAAGUAUCUUCCCCGAGCGAGAAAGCUCUGUCUAAAUGCCACAAGUAUGUGCUUAGACAUCAAGAGCUUGCCUCUGACGGGGAAAUUUCAACCAAGUUGAUCAAGGGCAACGUUUUUAGGACCAGAAGUGGUGGCCAGUCCGUAGAAUUUACAGAUGUUGAGACUCUGAGGCAGGAGUCCCCAACUGCGCCGAGCCGCAAGAGAAGAUCAGGCUCUGCAGAGGCACCGCAUAACAAGGAGGACCAAGAAAACUGGGCUCCUGUUGCAAGCACAAGUGCUGCACUUGGGCAUCAAAAACGCAGGAAGCCGUGAAGAUUUUUUUUUUCUUCUGAGUAGCAACAAAGCAAGCUGCCUGUUUGCUCAAUGGGACAUUGACAUGAAGGAACAAUGCACAUUUUUUAAACGCUUAAUUAUAUUUUGACGAUUUAGAAUAGAAUUAUAAUGGAGUAGUAAGAAAAAUUACAUAUAUAUAUAAUCGCAACGUGCUGGAUUACUGCUCUUUUCCUACCCCCCCCCCCCCCCCCCCACCUUUUUCUGAACACCAAAUACUUGAGUUCAAGAUUUGUAACCAGGAGUGUUUACUGCCGCACAAAUUGAUGUACGUAGAUUUUUUUUUUUUUUUUUUGAUGUGCUGUAAAUACAUAAGUAUAAUGAUUUGUGUCCCCCCCCCCCCCCUGAUCUGUUUAGAAAAAUACACAAUAAGAAACACUACAGUACUAAUUUUGGUGGCAUUAAAUUCAUUCAACUCAA